GAGAAGCGCAUUGUUCAAAAAACGUUACAAGUCAUCGGGUAAAUUCAGUCAGCUGGAGCUCAGAGAGCAACGGUACUAGAUACAGACAGGUUACGCGAUUAGCCACAAUCUCGACGCUUUAUUAGUUUGGUUUAUAAAUAUUUUUACUUUCUAGAAGCGUUUGUUGUUCUAAUCACUGGAACCCAGCCGCUAAUUCCUACAAGCUUCUGCUGAAAGUAGAGCAUGGCACUGCCCCUGUCUUCCCCGUGUGGAUACCCUUUUGAGGAGGAGGAGGAGGAAUUACCUGUGUUUGAGUCUACGGUAGCAGAGAACGGCGGGCUGAGCAGACCACGUCUGCCUGAGAUAUCUGUCAUUUCCCCUGGCCUGGACGGUCAGCCACCCCUCACAAGCCAGAAUGUAGCAGCGAAACCCGGAGACCGUGACGACAGGAACUCAGAGAAGGUGAAGGUUUUUCUGCGUAUUCGUCCACUCACUGAUUCAGAAAGAGAGAAAGGAGAAGAGCAGGGUUGUGUGAUGGUCCAAGAUGAGGAGACUCUGCUGCUCAAAGCUCCACAGGAGUCUCAGAACAUGAGGGCAGCAGAGAGAGGCGUCUCUCAGAGCAUCCACAAGUUCAGCUUCUCCAAGAUUUUUGGUCCGGAGACGACUCAGCAGCAGUUUUACGAGGACACGAUGAAGAAGAUGGUAACCGAUGUUCUUAAAGGAGAGAACAGACUCCUCUACACUUAUGGUGUCACCAACUCUGGGAAGACUUACACCAUCCAAGGCAGCGGUCGAGAGACGGGCCUCCUGCCCCGGGCUUUAGUGUCUCUGUUCAGGAAGCUGCAGGGGCGUCUCUAUGGCGCCCUGGACCUGAAGCCAGUCAUGUGUCAGGAUGUGAGGCAGCUCAGCUCCAGUGAGAUUAAGAUGGAGGAAAUACACAGAGACUCUCUUCUGAAAGAGGAUGGGAAUCUUUCUUCUCGCCGCGCCGGAACCACGACAGUCUGGGACAGUGGCAUCGGAGGACUCUCUACAACUAGCUUCACCACUCAGCCUGAAGAUGCUAACACCGUGUGUCUGGAGCCGGACAGUCUGUCCCUCAGUGGGGGGGUGGACCUGGAAGAAGGGGUUCAGUUUUCCAUCUGGGUGUCCUUCUAUGAGAUCUACAACGAGUUCCUUUACGACCUGCUGGAAGCUUCGCCCUCCCAGCAACCCCGAAAGCGAGCGACGCUGCGUCUGAGUGACGACAAGCAGGGCAACCCCUACGUCAAAGAUCUGACCUGGAUCCAAGUCCGCAGCGCCGAGGAAGCUUGGAGGAUUCUGAAGGCUGGACGUCGUAGCCAGAGCUUCGCCAGCACCCACCUGAACCUAAACUCCAGCAGGAGCCACAGCGUCUUCUCAGUCCGUGUGCUGCAUGUCCGCCCAGAGGCCGCUUCAGGUCAGGCCAUGCACAUCAGCGAACUGACUGUGUGUGAUCUGGCCGGGUCUGAGCGCUGUAAGGAGCAGCGUAACGGUGAGCGGAUGAAGGAGGCCAACAACAUCAACACCUCCCUCCUGACACUGGGGCGCUGCAUCGCUGCCUUAAGGCACAACCAGAACAAGUUGCGACCCCCUCAGGUGGUGCCCUUCAGGGACAGUAAACUGACCCGGGUUCUGCAGGGAUUCUUCUGUGGCCGAGGGACCUCCUGCAUGGUGGUCAACAUUAAUCCGUGUGCAUCCAUCUACGAUGAGACCCUCCAGGCACUAAAGUUCUCUGCUAUCGCUACCCAGCUCGUCCACGGCCCGUCCACAAAGACCAGAGUGGCCUACAUCCUGUCGCUACUGUGCGAGCCGGCGGCUAACCGUGAUGGAAGCACAGUGAUGGAGGAAGAAGAGGAGGAAAGUGAUGUUGAAGAUGGAGAUAUCACGUUGUUGAAUAUGGAGACUCUGCUGCAGGUCAUCGAUGUGCUGAAGAGAGAAGUGCGCCGCCAGCGAGUGGAGAAGGAAGUCCUGGAGGCUAAUGUGAGGGAGGAGGUGGUCUCGGAGGUGAUGGUGGUCAUGUCUGACAUGCGGAAAGGAUUCAACGAGUCCUUGGAGGCUGAAAGGGCCAUAAUGGAGGAGAGAUGUGAGGACAGGAUAGCUAAUCUGCAGAAACACCUGAAGAUGUUCUACAGCCAGCAGCUUCAGGAGCGUGAUGAAGAGAUCAAGGAGUUAUCCACUGCCCUUGAACAGGAAAAGAGGAAGCACGAGUCUGUGCCGUCCACGGCCUCUCCUGUGGACUCGGAAGGCCCUCGGCGCUCUCACCGCCUCAUGUCUCAGGCCGAACCGAGGCUGCACGCCGAGCUCGAUCAGUGUCGCGCUGAACUUGAUCAGUGUCGCUCGCAGCUUUUCACAAAGACCCAAGAGCUGACAAAGCUGAAGAUGCAGCUAGAAGUUCCAGGUUCAGCUGGCGCCAUCACCAGUGCUGCUGACCGCAAGCUGCAGGAGGGCCAGAGGAACCUGCAGAAGCUGCGUCUGGAUUUGCAGAGGCUGGGAACCGAUCUGCAAUCUGGAGAACGAGCUUGUUGUCGUAACACCGGAGGGGAACGGCUGCGUCACACGCUAACGGCAGCAGACGAGACUCUGGCUAAGCAGAACCAGAUCCUGAUGGAGCUCCAGAACAACCUGACUCUGGUCAAGGCAGACUUGAGGCGAAAAGCGGAGACUCUGGCGGGGUGUGCCCAGCUGCCCCCUACGAGCUUCGCCGCUCCCACCACACCUGGUUCCUGCAAAAAGAGAGGCGGCACAGCGACCACCCCAGCUGGAAGCGAAAACCACCCUCCACAGAAACGGCCUUUCUUCCAGUCUCUGUUCCCGCCUCGUAAAUACAACACCCGCGUCGCCGAAGAAGCCUGCAUGACCCCGUACACGCGGAUCCUACGAUCACGCCAGCCAUCUCCUCCUCCCAGCCCUGUCCCGACCCCACGCUCUCUCAGGGGCAAAUACUGAGCUCCUCAGUGAAAAGCCUUGCUGCUGCUUAACUCUAUGGCAUUGCUUUAUAUUUGAGACUAUUUUUGCCGUGCAGUUUUUUAUCCGUAAUGCCAGUAACACGAUCAACGCUUUAAGGCAGGAGUGUGAAAAUCAGCCACCUGUCUGUGUUGCCUUCACUUGCAUCAGCGAUAAGUCAAACUAAUUUGUGUGGUCACAUUUAAUCUGUUGCAGAUUAAAGAAAGAUUUGCAUGUAACACAAACACAGCUACGGCGUCUAUGGGCUGCUGCUGGAGAUUAGUAUGACUCCCUCUGUCUCUGGAAGCACUUUUAUGUUUUAUCCCAGUGAUCCACUGCAUGUCUGAUUCUGUGGGGAUUCUUUUGUUACUUCGGUUUGUUUUUCGGGACUAAAUUAAACUUUUAUUUCUUAUUUGGGGGGGGGUGUGUCUGUGGAGUUUGACUGUAAAGAAUUAGAAAGUGAUUUGUAAAUAAUUUAGUCCUUUCUUUGUGCUGUCUGUCCUUUCCUUCAUCUUUAUUUCAUUUGUAUUAAAACAUUUAAAGGGACAA